UUUACACAAUUUAUUUCACGCUGGAACCCCACCCCCAGAAUUUGCAUCACUGCUUGCGAGCGCAGCAAACUGAAGACUGAGUUGAAAUGAAUUCCUAGUCGAUAUUUAUGCUUUAAAUCAAAUGACGUUGCGCAGAAUAGCAACGGCUGCCUGAUCUGGGGCCCGCUCACGACUGUCGCUAUAAAUAGGGUUCUCGCGAGCAUGCGCGUGGCCAGCGGGCCGCCGCGAUGCCACACUUCAGUUGCCGAUCUGCACAACAUCUCGCUAUCAGCAGCUAGACUUAGACUUGCUGGGCAUCGGCGACAAUGGGCUGGCCCGGCUUUCGCCGAAAGGCGUUCCCGCGGAAGGGUCGCACUCGUCACACACGCGACGUCCUGGGAGGCCCACCCCUCCACGCGCCCUGGGGCCGCGUCGGGGACCCGAUCGCCUGAAUACCCACCAUCAUCACCAUCUCAGCCAUCGGAACAGUAUGCAGCAACAGCUGCAGACGCGAUCCCGCCAGCACUGCCAGUCGGUGUGGCGGAGCAUCUCGAGUCGCUGGGCAUCUCGCCAUCCUCGAUUGACCCACAGCUGCUCUCACUUCACAGCUUCGCGGCGCACGCGGAGCCAUCGCUCGCGACUCUUGCGACGUUGAACAGCCGACAGCGCGUUGCAACGCUUGUGAACGGGCAUCCCGAGCUGCUGUGCGUGCCGCUGGAGGGAUGGCUCAGCUUCCUGACCGCCUAUGGCGUGACACGCCGCGACUUCUUCCGUCUACUGUCUCACAACCCCGACCUGUUCACACGGGGCAGCCUUUUCAACGCCGGCAGCGUCAUCGCCUACCUGCAGUUGGCGCCGGCGGUGGAGUUCCUGAGGACGGAGCUAAUGUUGGAUGCGCCCGGCCUGAAGGCACUGCUGUGCCGCUGCCCGGGGGCCCUGUGUCUGGACCCCCCCACACAGCUGGCGCCGCGGCUGGCGGCGCUGGCGGCGGCGGGCUUCAGUCGGGUCGAGGUGUGCAGCCUGGUGCGACACAACGCGGCACUGCUGAUUGGCGAUGUGCCGGGCACGCUGCAGUCGCGCCUGGGGUUCCUGACGGGCCACUGCGGCUUCAGCGGCCAGCAGGCGCGGCAGCUGGUGAGCGACUGCCCAGAGGUGCUGUCCCUGAGUGUGGCCAACCUGCGCCGCAAGUGGCGCUUCCUGGUGGAGCGAAUGCACUGCGGCACACAGGCGGUCCUGGCCUACCCUCGCUACUGGUCCAAGAGCCUGCUGCUCGACAUCGGGCCGCGCUACAGCUACGUGCUGGAGCGGCAGCUACUGCCGCUGGCGGGUGCGCCCUGCACCCUGGCGGCGGCGGGGAGCGGCAGUAGCAGCGACGGCAGUAGCAGCAGCUACAGCUACAGCGGGAGCGGGAACGGCAGUGGCAGUGGGAGCAGUGGGAGUGGUGACAGUGGGAGUGGGAGCGGCGGCGCUAUCGCAUGUGGGCUGGAGGGCGCGUGCGAGUUGAAUCUGCAGCUGUUGUUGGACUCAGACGACGUCUCAUUCGUGGAGACCGUGUGGCGCGCGGCGGCCGGGGGAGGAGGGGCAGGGCCUGCAGGGGCUGGGUCCGGCGCCGCCUCGACAUCAAGAGCGGGUGCCACAACGGCAGCGGCGGCGGCGGGGACAGCAGCAGCGGCGGCGGCGGCGGCGGCCAGGGGCGGUCGCGGUGGAGAGGCAGGGGCGGUCGCGGUGGAGAUGUCGGCAUGGGAGCUGGCAGCUGACUUUGGCGACCUGCCGGGCAGCUGGGCGGGGACUGCUGCUCUUGGUGUUGGUGGUGGUGCUGGCGGGGAUGUCGCAGGGGGGAGAGGAGGGGCGCAGGAAGGGCAGGAGCAGCGGCAGGGGGAGGUGGAGGAGGUGGUGGAGGAGGCGGGGGCUGAGGCGCUGUGGGCGGGGCCGGGGCCGGAUGACUAUGAGCGCUUCCGGGCCGCGUGGCUGGAGACGGAGGGCGUGCGGUGGAGCGGCGUAAAUGCGGUGGGGGUUGCGGGCGGCGGCGUGGCGGGCAGCUGGUGAGGGCGGCUGUCGUAUACGGGAUGGCUGCCGUACAGUGCCGUACUGUGGUGAGGUAGGAGAAAGGGAAAGAGGGAGGGGCCAAGGCUGCAAAGCGCGGCGGCGGGGCGGGCCGGACGGCACUCCCAGUCCCCUUUCGGUCCCCUAGCGGUCCUGAGUCCUGAUAGUCCUGACCAGGAGGCAGUGCGUCGGAUUUGUUACCAAAUGGUGACGCCGGUAACGUGUUGUGAAACCAGGUGAAAGACA